AUGAAAGGACCGGUAAAUAUAUUCAUUCUGAAAGUAGAUUCUUUGGGGAUUUGUGUAUAAAUCACUUUUUAGAUUUAGAAGUAAUCAUUUUGCAAAUAACUUAAGAGCCUACGAUGAAGUUUCUGCAAAGCCCAUUUCAAUUGAAUAAAGAUGAUCUCAUCAAGAAAUCUGUGAACAUCCCAGAUCAUAAAUUCGAUUUCUCCCCUUUUAUCCAUGCAGACUCCACCUUCCUAGUCAAUCAGCAAAAUAUUUAGACCUUGCGAUUACUGCAAAAGGAUUUUUCCUCAGAUCCUUAGAAUCCUGAAAAAGCUUACAAAUAUGUGAGAUAAUUAAACCGCAUGUAAAUGUAUGAGGAAGCACUUCAAAUAUUCAAGUAAACAGGUAUCAUAUAUGGGUUGACCUCUAGAUGACUUCAGGGAAAGUGCAACCCCUAAACAACAUUAACAAUUAUAAGAGUAAUAUGGCAUUGCUAUUACCAAUCUAAAAUCCAACUUGUAUUCUGAUAAACGCAAAUCAUUGAUAUUGCCAGGAGUAAUCCAAUUACUUAUCACGGCUGCCAUAAUAUAUCAAUUAUUUUACUAUUUUUAACCUAAUCAAACAAAACCAAAGAAUGAUAAUAAUCAAAAGGAGACUCCUGAAUAGGGAGUGGGUAGAAUGGAUCGAUUUUAUAACAUUUUGAGAAACAAUCAAAGUGUUCAAGAGGAGAGAAACAUUCCCACUCGUUUUAAUGAUGUAUUGGGAAUUGAUGAAUUCAAAGAGGAGUUGGAAGAGAUAGUUGAAUUUUUGAAGAAUCCCAAAAAAUACACUGAUUCAGGAGCAAAACUACCAAAAGGAAUAUUAUUGGUAGGCCCUCCUGGAACAGGGAAAACUCUAUUGGCAAGAGCAUUGGCUGGCGAAGCUGGAUGUGCAUUCUUUUACAAAUCAGGAUCUGAAUUCGAUGAGAUGUUUGUUGGUGUAGGUGCCUCUAGAGUGAGAGACAUAUUUAAAGCUGCAAGAGCAAAGGCUCCUGCAAUCAUCUUUAUAGAUGAGAUAGACAGUAUAGGAGGAAGAAGAAGGGCCUAAGAUCCAGGGUAUUCAAGAGAUACUAUUAAUUAAAUUCUUACAGAGAUGGAUGGAUUCAAAUAGACAGAGAGUGUUAUUGUGAUUGGAGCCACAAACUUUGAAUAAGUAAUAAGGAUUAUUAUAGUGAUAGGUCUUGGAUCCAGCCUUAAAACGACCAGGCAGAUUCGAUAAGAUGAUUCAUGUGCCAUUGCCUGAUGUAAAGGGAAGAGAAUAAAUCUUUUCUUACUAUUUAAAGAAGAUUAAGUUUGAUGAAACCAAAGUCUUGGCAACCAAUUUGGCCAGACAAACAAGCGGAUUCAGUGGCGCUGACAUUCAAAAUAUGGUCAAUGUUGCAAUUUUGAAUGCUAUCAAAUAUGACAGACAGAUAGCCACAACUGAAGACUUUGAAUUUGCUAUUGAUAGAAUAUCUAUGGGAAUAGGAAGAAAGAAUAUGCAUGUGAGUGAUAAAGAGAAGUUAAUGACGGCUUAUCAUGAGGGAGGACAUGCACUCACUAGUCUAUUAACAGAUGGAGCUAUGCCAUUACAUAAAGUAACAAUUUUGCCUAGAGGAGGAGCCUUAGGAUUUGUAUAUAUUUUGUUUGACUUUCCUAAUAGACAGCUAUGUUACCAGAGAAGGAUUAGUUGAAUUACACAAGGAGAGGAAUAAUUGCAUCGAUAGAUGUGGCUAUGGGAGGAAGAGCUGCCGAAGAUCUCUUUCUUGGAAAGGAUGACAUUACCAGCGGAUGUAGCAAUGAUUUGGCCAAAGCAACAGAUUUGGCCUAUAUGUUUGUGAAGUAAUUAGGCAUGGAUGAUAAGAUUUCCUUGAUUUCUGUUCAAAGUGACAGAGUUAAAACGAGUGAUCAAUUCGAUUACAUGGUCGAUAUGGAGGUCAAGAAGAUUUUGGAAGUAUUUUAUUAGUAUAGAAAAGGAAUCUUAUAACCGAGUCAAGACCCUAUUGAAAACAAAUGAAGGCAAACUUAAAGAGUUGGCAACUGAAUUAGUCAAGAAGGAGACUUUGUCAGCUGAAGAAAUCAGAAAACUGUUAAAAAUCAAAUGA